UACCAGAGCAAAAUGGUUUGACCAUGCGCACUUCGUCGCUGUGGCAGACUUACGGUAUCCCGCGCGGACCUUCCACCGUUGGGAAGGCUCCUUUGUCUGCAGCGGCUGCUGCAUUAGGCAAUUUUGUGCGUGGUCAAACACGGCUUCCUCUGCAGACCAACAUUGAAAUGUCCGAGUGUGACUCGCUGCAUCUUCCCUCCGUUCUCUUUCACUCUACUUUAUCGCUGGCAUUGUCGCUUUUCCGGUCGCAUGCUACAUUUCCGUCCACACUCGUACUUCUGACGUUAUCCGUUGGUGAAGCCCCUCAUGGCGUCGUCAUAUCGUCCAGUACAAGAUGAUCUUUCAUCGCCAACCCCACUACCCAAAACAUCUCCAAUAUCAAUCUCUGGUGUCACUAUGGCUAUCGACCCAACACCUCGUGCUCUGUUCUUCGAUGUCUUCGGUACCUGUGUCGACUGGCGCACCACUGUUGUAGGCGAACUACAAGCCCAAGCUCACGCUGCGCUCAAUUCGGCUACUGCAUCUCUAGCUUCCCGUGUCAGACUCACAGCAUCUGAUAUGACUGCACAGCAUUGGGGCGAAUUCGCUCAGCAGUGGAGAGAUAGCUAUAAGAGUUUCACGCGGAAGCUCGCCACUGAUCCAGCUGUUCCAUGGAAGUCAGUCGAUGAACACCAUCUCGAAUCACUGAGCGAGCUGGUCAUCCACUGGCAAAUUACUGGCUUGUGGGACGAUGAGCAAUUGCGCGCCAUCAGCUUGAUAUGGCAUCGACUGGAGCCCUGGGUUGAUUCUGCGACGGGCGUCUCGAUGUUGAACAGACUCUUCUAUACGUGCACGCUGUCAAAUGGUAAUCUCAGUCUCCUCGGAGACCUUCGCACAUACAGUACCAUCCCUUUCACACACCUAUUCUCGGCAGAGCUCUUCGGCACUUAUAAGCCUUCUCCGCGCGUAUAUCUUGGAGCUGCUGAGAAGCUUCAACUGGCGCCGGGUCAGUGUGCUAUGGUGGCUGCGCAUCUGAAUGAUCUUAGGGCUGCAAAAGACAACGGUCUGAAGACUAUAUACGUCGAACGCCCUGGUGAGGAGGACUGGAGCAAGGAUCAGGUUGAGAAGGCGCGUCGAGAGGGCUGGGUCGAUUUAUGGGUUACCUUUGGUAAUGGAAGCAAUGGUUUCAUCACGGUGGCUGAGCAUUUGGGUAUCGAGCCGAAUGCCACAGAGCAAGCUAGAAGACUCAGUGCAUCGGCACCCGUUGGUGGCUCGUAGUAUUUGUCGGAUCAUGGGCAACAUUGUAUCUAGGACUAUCAACAAUAAUUUAAGCAAACAUAAUAUGAAUUAUCGG